AUGCUACGGUUUUGUCACUGGAGAUUUCCGCCGUCCCUCGCCGCCGCUAGGAUGCUCUCAUCGCCACCACCAACUAAGUCACAGUCUCCCUUUUCCGGUGGUGGCAUGAAUACUAGCUCAACCGGUGGAAUAUCUAAAACCGAGUUACUGUACUCUCAAUCCCAACUCCAGAAUCUCUCCUCCUCUCCCACUUCUUCUCUGAAAUCAACGGUGGCUUGUUCGAGCGCCGGAGCUAUCCGGCAAAGCAUGGCUACGGCUUCUCAGUGCUUUUCGAGCAGACCAGAAGCUGCCGAGUCGGAUCUUGGCUCGCUCGUUGUGGUUUCUUUCUACAAAUUCGCUGAUUUUCCCGACCAUGCUGAUUUCAGAAAGCCUCUGAAGGAUCUCUGCGAGGAAUUGCGUGUUUCAGGUGGAAUCAUUCUUGCACCAGAAGGGAUCAAUGGAAGUAUCUGCGGGAGUCGUGAAUCAGUGGAGAGAGUGUUGGCAUUUAUACAGAGUGAUAUCAGACUGAAUGGUUUGAGGCAAGUGGAGACACCUGUGAGUCCUGAACAAGAAGCAAUCCACCAUGGACAUAGCAGCAGCUCUCCUCUUGCAGCCGGUGAAGAUGCUCCCUUUAGAUGGGACCAUGUCAGGGUCAAACUCAAGAAAGAGAUUGUUACGCUCGGAAUGCCCAGUGUCUCGCCGAUGGAAAGAGUUGGCACAUAUGUGAGCCCCGAAGAAUGGAACGAACUGAUCAGUGAUCCAGAAACUGUAGUGAUUGAUGUGCGAAAUACCUAUGAGACUAGAAUUGGGAAGUUUAAAGGAGCUGUGGAUCCAUGUACCACAGCUUUCAGAAAUUUUCCAUCUUGGGUGGAGAAUCAAUUUGCAUUGAAGCAAGAAGGCAAUGAAACGCAAGCAGAGGCGGAGAAAGAGGAUAUUUCUGAAAUCGCUGAUAAAGAAGUCAAAACUGAAAAACCGAAGACGUUGCCACGGAUUGCUAUGUACUGCACUGGAGGAAUCAGGUGUGAGAAAGCUUCAAGCUUUCUUUUAAGCCAAGGUUUCGAUGAGGUGUAUCAUCUGAAAGGUGGGAUAUUGAAGUACCUUGAAGAAGUCCCUAAGACAGAGAGUCUGUGGGAAGGCGAAUGCUUUGUGUUCGACAAGCGUGUAUCUGUGGAACAUGGUUUAGCACAAGGAACCCACAAACUCUGCUACGGAUGCAAGCAACCUAUAAGUGAUGAAGACAUGGAAGCUCCAGAGUAUGAGCAUGGAGUUUCUUGCCCUUACUGUUACUCCACGAAAUCCGAAGAGGAGAAAGAGAGGGCAAGAGCGAGGCAGACACAGUUUGAGGAAUGGGGCGUCAUCGGUGGUCCCGACAAGGGUCGUCGACCCGCAACUAAACCAGAUGGUCCAAGAAAGAGCAAUGUGAAGCUUGGUUCUCCAAUAUAG